AUGCUGAAGACCGUCUCUCUCCUCAAGCGCUCUGCGUGCGCUGCACUGGGGCCGGGACCGCCGAUUUUAAUUGUCUCUAGAAGUUUCAACGCAGGCUGGCGGCAUUCAUCCACAGACCCCAGCCCAAAGAAAGACCAAGAUGGCUCGUCUGCCUCGCAGGGAAAUCCUCCACCCAAAAGCCCGUCGAUGGAGGAUCUCUUAGCGAACACCGACCCCGAAAACAAUUCUCUCCUUGCCCCCGUUCACAUAGCAGAAGAUGCCAAUGCUAUCCUCAAGUCCGACCAUCCCGCAGCCGACAUCUUAACUCAGUCAGGCAUAGUUGUUCAACGGCAACUGGAAAUGAUGAACGUUCUGAUCGGCUUCGAGCAAGCUAAUCGAUAUGUUAUACUUGAUCCACACGGGAAUCACAUCGGGUACAUGGCCGAGCACGAGGGUGGUAUAGGGUACACCAUGAGGAGGCAAUUCUUCAACACACAUCGGGCGUUUACCACCCACGUCUUCAACCGUCAAUCGAGGGAGGUGUUGAGGUUUCAUCGCCCAUUCUCGUGGAUCAACACUCGCAUCCGGGUCUAUGACCCCUGGGAUGCCCCUUCCGAGAUUCAAAGAUCUUCUUCCACGAUGCUAACCCCACGAAGCAAUGCCGAUUCGAUAGACCAGCCACAAAUAUCUCCUCUUCCACUGGAGUCAAUGCGUAUAAUUGGUGAAACACAUUCACAAUGGGCACCACUACGCCGCAAAUAUGAUCUUUUUCUUUCCCACGACCUCGCUUUGAAUGAACCUGGUCCCGGUGAAAUCUCAAAGAGGAGAGGCGAGGCCCUCUCGAAUCUGCAGCAGAAUCAGAUCGCAGCGAAUAAUAGGUCUGGUUCGACCACAGACUUCACUCAAUUCGCCGCUGUCAAUGAGCCCUUCUUAUCUUGGGAUUUUUCGCUGCUGGAUCAAAACAACCGGAAGAUCGGAUCGGUCAAUCGCGAAUUCCGCGGAUUUGGGCGAGAGAUCUUCACGGAUACUGGAAGCUACGUUCUACGAAUGGACGCAGCUGGAAUGGAAGAUCCAGCAGACAAGCAAGGCGAUCGUGGCUACGCCGAAGCGUUGGGAGGAAGAGAAGGCAACUACGGGAUGACGCUUGAUCAAAGAGCCGUGAUGCUCGCCACGGCCGUGACGAUCGAUUAUGACUACUUCUCUCGUCAUAGUGGUGGACAUGGUUUCUUCCCAAUCUGGCUUGGAGGCGGUGGUGGAGAGGCGGCCGGUGGCGCAGCUGGAGCUGGAGCAGCCGGGGCCGGUGAGGCAGGGGCCGUUGGAGCAGCUGGUGCCGCUGAGGCCGGUGGUGCUGUUGUCGGAGGAGCUGGCCGAGCAGUUGGAUCGGCUGCAGGAGGAGCAGCAGGGAUGGGUGAGGGCGCUAUUGCGGGUGCCGGAACCAUGGCAGGUUACGAAGCAAUGCAAAGGGGAAUGGGACGAAGGUCCGAGGCAGCAGGUGGUGAUGAGGAUUCUCCGCAGCGACCGCCUCCAGAACAACCUUUUAACCAACAGAACGAUCCUCAGUCUCCACAAAGCGGUUUCGGCGAGUCACAUCAAGGUGAAGAUAUCUGGGGUUCAGAAGACACAGAUCCUUUCAAAGACGCAGCUCAAGGAGGAGGGUCUGGAGCAGGGGAAGGCGGAGGUGGCGGUUGGUUCGCGGACCUGUGGGAUUCUUUCUGGGGCAAUUGA